AUGGAUCUGGAAGCGGCACAGGCGACUGUGGAACGGGCCUGCGAAGAGUUCAAGGUCCCUGCCACCGCCGCCGCGGCCUCCGCCGUCCUGCUGCAGUUCCGUUCCUCCCCCGGAGUGCUGCAGGCAUGUCGCCACAUCCUGGACAGGUCCCACUCGCUGGAUGCCAGAUUUCAUGCGGCUGCGGCGCUGCGUGAAGCGGUGGUGCGGGAAUGGGUGGCGCUCGGUGCGGGUGGUCGUACGGCACUUCAAUCGUACCUUUUGUCGUACCUGGUGGCGCAUGCUGAGGAGCCAGCCAUGCAGGUGGUCCGCUCGUCGCUCGUUUCGGCACUGGCAGUGCUUCUGAAGCGCGGCUGGCUAGGGGUGGAGGAUGCACAGGCGAGGAUGCACCACCACCGGGCUACCUUCUUCAGGGAGCUGGAAGUGGCCACCUCCUCGCCCAGCUCCUCCCACAGCCCUGCAGCGGUGGCAGCUGCCCGCCGAGUGGGGGUGCAGGUGCUGGAGGCGGUGGUGGGGGAGUUCGCGCUGUCCACCGCGUCCCCUCUUGGCCUUCCCCUGGAGCACCAUGCCAAGUGCGCCAUGGACCUUCAAGACCACUUCCUGCAGGACAUCUUUCGCCACGCCGUCGCCCUGGGGCGCGCGGCAGCUGCCGCCCAGGACGGCGCCACCUGCGCCGCCUGCCUGUCCCUCAUGACUGCCGUCCUGGCCUGGGAUUUCCGCCGCUCACCCGCGUCCCUGACGGCGGCGGCGGCGGCGCAGGGAGCACCAGCGGCGGCGCGGGACCUCCUAUCGCGGGCUCGCGGUGUGGUGGUGGCGCUCAGCAACCUGUCCUCGGACGUGUUCCCUCGAGAAGGUGCAGAGGUGCUGAUGGGUCCCGGGGGGGGUGUGCGGGGCGGUUACCUGCGGGCGGUGCUGCGCUGCGUGGUGGCCUGGGUGGCCUCUCCGCGCCAGGUGGUGGCGGCGGCGGUGGCGGGAGACGAGAUGCCGCUGUGGGAGGGCUGCAAGGCCAUUCUCGCACUGGCCGCCGCCCACCCGCCGAGAUUGCUGGAGGACGCCGGAAAUGACGUAGUGGCGGCAGGUGGUGCUGGCGGUGGUGGCUCCUUUGGGUCGGGGGCUCCGCAACAACAGCCUUCCGGGGGCUUCCUGGCGCUGCUGCAGGCACUAACCCUGGAGGUCAUCCGUGUCAGCUGUAUUCCGGAUUCGGAGCAGUGGGUGGUGGAAUGCAAGGACAUGCUGGUGGAGUCGUGGGCUCUUAUGGUCCAGCGCGACUGCAGCAACCCCCUGGUCCUGCCCCUGUCAGUGGGGGUGCUGGGUCCCCCCAGCCUGCCGGGUCUGGCGGAGGGCGCUGCGGCGGUGUUCGGGGCGCUGGUGGAGGCGGCCAUGAGGGCGGCGGAGCAGGAGGUGACGGGAGGGGGGCAGGACAUUGCGGUGGAGAACGAGGCGGCGGAGGCGGCAGCUGAGGAUGCACGCAUGGCGGAGGCGGCGAUGCUGGCCCGUGCUGCACCCGCCGCCACGUUCCCUCUGCUGGCGGGGGCCAUGGCGGCGGCGCAGCAGCAGCUGCUGGCGGCGGCGGCGGCCGCCGGGGGCUCAGGCGGGGAGGCGUGGGCUGUGUCCCUGGAGCGGUUGUGCUGGCUGGUGCGCAUGGCGGCACAUUGCCUGGCGGAUAGCGGGGCAGGUGAGACUCCGCUGAUGCCCCUGCCCCUGUCCAUAGCCAUGGAGGGCGGCGGUCCCUCCGUUGCAGCCGUGGAGGGGCUCACUGCGGCCCUGCUGGGUCUGCCGGCACUGGCGCUGCAGGAGGGGGCGGCGGCGGUACUCAGUCCCAGGCUGAUGGAGUCGUGUGUCUGGUCGCUGGCCAGGUGGAGCGACACGUACCUGUUCCCGGAGGAGGCGGAGGGGCUACCGGCAGCCCUCACUGCGGCAUAUGCGACCCGUGGGUCGGGGCAGGCAGAGGCUGUGGCGGACGGCCUAGCCAGGCUGGCGUCCACCUGCCUGGUGGCCUUCCCUGGGGAGGCGGAGCUCCAUGGGAUGGUGUGUACGGUGCUGCUUCCCGUUCUCUCCCGCCGCCGCCCCCUGUCGUCCUCCCUGCUGGACUGCAGCCGCUCCUGGGGGGAGCUCUGUGGGGCCUUCGCAGCCAGGCGGCCGCAGCUGGCUGCUGGACUGGCACCCAAGCUGCAACGCUGGCUCAGCCAGAGCCUCUGUCAGGCGGCGUGUGGCUUCCCCUCCGCGGAUGUCGCCGUCGGGGGUCCCGGCGCCGCCGCCGCUGCCACCGCCGCCGGACACUACAUCACUCAGCUGCUGGGGCCCACGACGGCGGAGGUCCGCGCGCUGGCGACACGACACGACCUGUACGACAUGACGGCACGUGCUGACGUCAUCGCGGCGCUGUGCGGCAUGCUGGAGCGGGCCUUUGGAGAUGACCCACGGGUCGGUGCGGUGCUGCUCAAAUUGGCGGCAGCCGUUGUGGAGCACCACGUGGGGUACCUGCAGAGCGAUCAGGCCCACAUGCUGAUGAGCUGGGUGCUGGAGCUGCUGAGGCAGUACCGACUGGGCCGGGCGGCCAGGGUGUCGCUGGCAGCGGCCGCAGCAGCAGCAGCAGCCGGGGCGCGCAGGAAGGCCCACAGCAACCACCACCACCAUCCCCACCGGUUGCACCACAGCCGCAGCCAGGAGCGCCAAGGCGCCGCAACGGCAGGGUCCGCGGCGCUCCUCCGCGAGGACGCCGCUCAGGACGCCGCCCGGGAGCUGCGUGCACUGCUGCAGCUGCUCACACACAUCACCCAGCGGGAUGUGGCCCUGGCGGCCGCCGCCUCGGACGGCUGGGCCACCACCAGCAGUGCGGGAUCCACCCCGCGGUCAGUCAACAUGGGGGGCGCAGGGCUGGGCCCCGGGGCCGCCGGCAGCAGCAGCAGCAGGGGCAACACCCCCAAGGGGCCACUGCAAGGCGGCAUGGCGGCGGCGGGAGCUGGGGUUGCAGCGGGUGGCGGCGGCGGCGGCGGCGGCGGUCUGGUGGUGGGCGAGAACGAAUCCGGUGUCGCGCAGGUGAGGGCUCCUGGGCUGGGCUGGGGGUUACACGGCCCUCUGCCCCCGGUGCGGUGCGGUAGCGGUAGCGGUGCGGUGGUCCUGACGGGUCUGGAUGUGCUACUGCCGCUGCUGACCCCCGAGCUGCUGGCGGCCGCUACUGCCGCCGGGGCCGGGGCGGCAGGCGGUGGCGGUACGGGGGGCAAACUGACCCGGCUGCUGUUCUCCCUGCUGGCGUACAUGAUGGAGGUGCACCCACAUGCGGUGGUGGCGCUGCCGGCCCCUCACUUCGCCACCCUGCUAUCCUGCCUUGAGGCGGGUGCCCGGGGCUACUCACUCGUCCACAACCAGCAGCAGCAGCAGCAACAACAACAGCAUGGCGCUGGUGCAGCCAAUGUUGUAUCCGGAGCUAACGGGCUGGGGCCGGGCGGCGCGUCCUCCGCGUCCUCGCGUUGUUCUUCUGUUCCCUCGGUCAGCGCCGGUGGCUUCGACGGCGUGGUAGUGCAGUCGGCGCUGGAGGGCCUGGCGGGCCUGGCCAAGUACCACCACCAGUCGCUGCUCAAUGGUGGCCGGGGUUUCGGAGCCCACCAGGCCCCUGCGGCGGCGGGUGGUGGCCCCCUGGCUGCCCACCUGGUGCAGCUGCUCAUGCAGAUCGUGUUGAUGGGCGAUGUGGGUCCCGAUGUGGUGGAGCUGGCGGGGGAUGCGCUGUUGCCCCUGCUGCAAGCAGAGCCCGCAGCGUUUGGCAACCUGGGGGCCGCUCUGGUGCAGUCCUCCGACCCACGGGUCGCGGACCAGGUGGGCGCCGCCCUGGACAAGCUCCUGGCACCCACCGACCCCCCCGGGACCGCGAGUGCGGCCGCCGCCGCCGCCGCAGUGGCCGCCGCCAGCAUGGGCCUCGACCCGCGGACCUUCGACCUGAGCCGCCUCAGUCGGCGGGUGUUCCGAGAGCGGCUGUGUGGAGUGGUUUCGGAGCUGCGGGGUCUGCUGCGGGUCCGCUGA